AUGGACAAAGAGGUCGGCAAUUCAUUGGGCAUUGCCAAGGACGAGGAUGUGACGUUGGAUCUCCUCGACAAGCAUAACUGGAAGGACACCGUGGGACUUGCUCACUGGCAGACUGACGACCUAGAGGACUCAGAGGACGAGCCCGUGCACGCACCCGCGCCCAGUGGCAACGGCCGCAGCGAGGAACCUGACGGCGAGAGUGAUGGAGAGGGCAAGGAGGAGCCAGAGGCGUCGCGUGCCCGCAUCGAGAACGCACUCAUUCGCAGCAAUGAGGGAAAGAAAAAGGCCAUAACAAUCGAGGUGCCGGGCGAGGGGCCGUGUGUGCUGUCCAAGGUUUUGUCGGUUCAUGCAAUCAGGCGGCUUAUCGGCCGACCGAUCACUUCGGGUCAGCCAAAGCUAGACCAGUGUGGGGCGCGUAGGUCACGGUGGUUUGGUGUGUGUAGGUGAGAGGAGUCGGGCGCAAGUGUCUGGACGUGUUGCUGCCGCGGAAAGGAGAGAAGAUUGUGAGGAUUGGGGGCUUCUACGUAUGUCUCUUCAAUGAGCAGGACCCACACACGCGACUAUGCGUAUCAAUGGUGUGUAAUCACAAUACGGAUACGCAAGGGUCGCGGUCGGCCGACGGGUGUGUGUUUGGCUGCUCCUGUGUGCGUUGUGAUGUGCAGGUACAUCUGUCGUGUGGUGGGUGCUUGUGUGGGUGCCUCCCGGCCCCACACCAAUGUACCAACCAAUCUCCCUCAUGUACGACAACAAAAACGCCGAGCUCGACAUCGAAUUCUUCGCCCCUGUCCAUCCAGAGGACGAUUCCAUGGACACCGACAGCCCUGUGAUGUGCAUGCUCACCCCGCCGAGGACAGCUGGUGUGCGCCAGCCAACAUCGUGCAUCAUCCACGCAGUGGCUGAGGCUGACUUCUCGGCGAAGAGGGGUCACGAGGGGGUGCAUUCAAGCUUGCAAGGCCAGCAUAUCACCGCACAAAGACGGUGGUGGCUGACAAGAUCAAGGAGCUGGAGGAGCAGAUGGAGAAGGAGGCAGCAACUCGUCGUGCUCAGCAGCCAGCCAUGCCGCCCGUGGGGCCUGGGGAGGGCAAACGAGAGGUGAGACGGAGGCUCGAUGACGCCUACGCCGAGUGGUCAGACGUGGAUGAGGAAAACAGCGAUGUUGCUGAGCCUCCACCGGCUCUGUGGGGGCGAGGGCGGGGCAGGGGCGGGCGGGGAGGGAGGGGGAGGGGAGGGAGGGGCAGGGGCGGGGCAAAUGCUGGCCGAGGCAAGGCCAAAGCAAAGGGGGGAGUCAAGAGGCCACCCAGGGAGUCUCGAGAUGAAGACGAUGACUUCGUGCAGCAGAUAAAGAAGCCGCACGCUGGCAGGAAGAGGGGAUGA